GGGACAGGAGAAGAGAAUGGUUGUGUACCAGAGACAGGGGUCGUCUAUGCAAGUCUGUAGUCACUGAGCUUUUACUUUCCUUCCCACCAUGCAUUGAACUUCCAGGGUGAUACAUUUAACUUAUUAACAUCUUCUCUUUGAGAUGUGUGAGAGACUGAGUGUUGGGUUUUUCUUUCUCACUUACUUUCUUGCUUUUUUUUUUUUUUUCUAUUGCUUUCUUUCUCUUGCAUUCUUCCAUGCACUUACUGUGACUGUGAUGAGGAAAACCAGAAGUGAAUUCCUCAGCUUGCCAGCUGAUGAUCUUACUGUGCUCAAAGAUACCUGCUGGAACAAGACUUCCCAGGCAUGCGGAUUGGUCCAGAACCUACCACGGAUUCUUUCAUUGCUGUGAUGUAUGGAGAAUCAGAAGGAAGUGUUCCAGGAAAUGCCCUGGUUGUUGAUCCUAAGAAGCCAUUCCGUAAGCUCAGCCGGUUUGGAAAUGCUUUCCUAAACAGAUUCCUGUGUUCUCAGUUGCCUAACCAGGUGUUGAAGAGUAUCAGCAUCAUUGACAGCCCAGGUAUCCUCUCUGGAGAGAAACAGCGCAUAAGCAGAGGCUAUGACUUCUGCCAAGUCCUCCAGUGGUUUGCUGAGAGGGUUGACCGCAUCAUUCUCCUUUUUGAUGCCCAUAAGCUGGAUAUAUCUGAUGAGUUUUCAGAGGCCAUAAAAGCAUUCCGGGGCCAGGAUGACAAGAUUAGGGUCGUGCUUAAUAAGGCUGACCAGGUGGACACACAGCAGCUGAUGAGGGUCUACGGAGCACUCAUGUGGUCCCUAGGAAAGGUGAUCAACACUCCAGAGGUGCUGCGGGUCUACAUUGGCUCCUUCUGGGCCCAACCUCUCCGAAACACAGAGAAUCGAAGGCUGUUUGAAGCAGAGGCACAGGAUCUUUUCCAGGAUAUCCAGAGUCUCCCUCAGAAGGCUGCCGUGCGGAAGCUCAACGAUCUCAUUAAGAGAGCAAGACUUGCAAAGGUACAUGCUUAUAUCAUCAGCUAUCUGAAAAAAGAAAUGCCCUCUAUGUUUGGAAAAGAGAACAAGAAGAAGGAGCUGAUCAGCAGGUUACCUGAGAUCUAUAGCCAACUGCAAAGAGAAUAUCAUAUCUCAGCAGGGGACUUCCCUGAAGUCAGGAAAAUGCAGGAGCAAUUGGAGAUGUGUGACUUCACUAAAUUUCACUCUUUGAAACCAAAGCUAAUUGAAGCUGUGGAUAACAUGCUGGCCAACAAGAUUGCCUCCCUGAUGAGCCUGAUCACCCAGGAAGAGAGCAAUAUGCCCACAGAGAUGGUACAUGGUGGGGCAUUUGAUGGCACCAUGGCAGGACCUUUUGGCCAGGGAUAUGGAGAAGGUGCAAAGGAAGGAGCUGAUGAAGAUGAGUGGGUUGUUGCUAAAGAUAAACCUGCUUAUGAUGAGAUUUUCUACACUCUAUCACCAAUCAAUGGCAAAAUAUCUGGGAUCAAUGCAAAGAAAGAGAUGGUGACUUCCAAACUGCCCAACAGCGUUUUGGGUAAGAUCUGGAAGCUUGCAGACUGUGAUGGUGAUGGAAUGUUGGAUGAGGAGGAGUUUGCAUUAGCAAAACAUCUCAUCAAGAUUAAACUGGAUGGAUAUGAACUGCCUGGCACGCUACCUCCCCACCUGGUGCCACCAUCUCACAGGAAACCAUUGCAGACAGCAGAGUGAAAAAUACUAGGGGAAGGAUGAGGAUUUUGGAUAUAUUUCAACAAAGGUUUUGAAACUACCAAUGUUUUAAAUUAGGCUUAGAUAUUUAAACCCUCAUAACACAUUUCAUGCACAUUACUGAAAUCAGAAGCAGGGAAAUGUUUGUGUAUUAGUCCCUGCUGACCAUCACUGAGAAAUGCUUAUCCACAAGUGCCUUGUAUAAAUCUAUCAUAAUGUGUGAUGGUAAGGUGAUGCUGCUUCCAUAUCUUGCUGCCUCUACAACCAUAAAGCAGUGAAAAAAAUCCCAUUUAUUGAAUAGCUGACCUUCACCAAAUGUAAACACUUAAGCAACCACAAGUUUCCCCAAACUAUUUAUUUUAGUUAGUGCAAGGAAGCUCUAAAUGUUACAUUCACCUGCCCAUACAAACAUUUUCUAUGCUAAAAGCAUACUUCAGAUGUUGAAUGUUAGCAUCUUUUUUGAUAUAUCUUAUUUGAAUUGGGAGUACAGUAAAAGAGUAGUUGUGGCAGGAGUCUUUUAAGAAGUGCUCAGAAUAUGACCAGGCUUGUUUAUGAGCAGACUGGUUUUAAAACUUCAGUACUUAGAGCUAUAAAGUACAAAAUAUAUUUCAAUCUGUCAUCACUGUGUCUUAUCUGAAUAUCUGCUUCUUCAGAUUUGUACAGCACUAUAUACUCAGUAUUAUUGUUGAAAGAACAGAAUCUCCUUUCUUCUUUGCCUUCAGAGUGUCUUUUGAGGUUUCAGUUUAGCUGCACUACAGACAAAUUCCUGAAUGUUUCAAAGUGAGAGCAGAAUGCUUUCAUAAGUUUGAAAAAACAUAAACUGGUUUUCAUUGAAAUAAAGCUUCAGAUUCUGUUCAGAAAGAAAAGGUGCAUCAUUCAAAGUCAGCAUCUUCAAAGUACCUUGAAUUGUCUCAGAAGAUUUUCAUGGGUAUUUAGUUCCUAUUUACAGGUAAUGAUACAGAUAUCUGUAUAUAUUAUUUUAUAUGCUUUUUUUAUUUUUUUAGGGAAGUUUUUCUCUUUAUCUUUUGCCAACACAUAGCUGACAACCACCAAAGAGAGACUGGAUUGAUAUGGUGGCAGAUUUGAGAGAUGGAGCCAUUAACAGGGAUCUUUACAUUAAUUGAAAUAAAGUUAUAGACUGUCCUCUCCAAAUAUUAUUCCUUUAUUGUAAACAAUCCACAAAAGGAAUAGAUGCUUAGUAAACAUUCAUUUUUCUAACAACGCAAUCAAAAUGUUGAACAUACUGAUUUUUAUCACUACUUUAAAAGAAGUUAAGUUUCUGGCCCUGUGAACUUUAGUCUUUUGGGGAGGGCCAGUUCUUUUUUGAAGUCACACUUAGCAGUCAGGUUAGGUCUAUGACUGGGAGCAAGAACUGACUUGUACUCCACCAUCUGUAGUAUGAAAUGCCUGCAUAUCUAAGGUACUGUAACUUCAAGCACUUUUUCUUUGAGUCUCAGUAAGGGUUAGCAAUAGUGCCUUCUGAGGUAGAACAAGCCAAAAAGUGUUUUAGCAUCCUUGCAGCAGUAUUGGGGAGGAAAUUAGUUUGAGUGUUGUGUCCAAGUUAAGACUUCCGUUUGAUCUGUAGGUGAUUUAAGAAAAGCCUCAGCUUUUUCUUUAAAUCAUACAUUUGUAAAUUGUCAGUCAGGUUUCAUACUUUGAAUCUUUCCAGACCUCCUAUCUUCCUGCAUUUUUUCUAUAAUGAUGUGAAACUACCGUGAAAUUUGUGACUGCACUACUAUGUGAAAAAAAUAAAGCUAUUUUUAGUGAUGGAAAAUCACCUUUAUCUUGCCAGGCAUCCAGCCCUGUGUCAAAGAUAUUCUGGCAUAGUUGAUCAUUCUUGUGGACUUGCUCUCUUUCAUAUGUCUUAGUUUUGUUCUCUUAUCAUUCAACUAUACCAUCUUUAUUUCUGUUAGACCUAUGUUAGAAGCCAAGAUAGCCUUUGUGCAUCUCCAUUCUCUUCCAUAUAGCUGUGAAAUUUAACUGUGAACCUACUGUAUUUCUGCAGAGUAACCCAACCCAUUUUCUUUCUAACUUAUUUUUGAUUGAACACAAGGUAUCAUAUAGACAUUGCAAGGGUGUUAAAAGUCAGGCUGCACCAGUAGUGAUGUGUGUAGUGUCUGUAGUCAGUGACAAAUUUGUGCAAUAAUGACUAAAUAGAUCAGCAUUGCAAGGACGGUUACCAAGAAAAAUAAAGAAAGCUUGCAUAUUGUGACCACUGUAGAGUGUGAAAAACUGAAGAAAGUUAUUGAUCUUCCAACUCUGUCUUGCCUCGCUCUUCUGCUGAACAGGAUUCCAGGGUGGACCUGUGAAUUCUCACUACAUGUAGCUUCCAAUGCAUUAGAGUGGUGUUGAUCCCAUGCUAGUAGAAAUAUCCUCCUGCAGUGAAGGGAGAGGGGCAAAAUAGUUUCUCAGUGAUUUAUUUAUUUUUUCUAGUUUUAUUGGUAGUAAAAUGGACAACACAGGCUUUUAUUCAGGCUCCAUGAGAAUGUGCUAAUUUGGACUAGAGGAGACAAAUUGAAAUGUGUCAUUUUGAUAAGUUAAAAUACUUUGCUUAGAUACAGUUGAAAUGGUUGGCUCUUUUCCUGCAAGACUUGAAGGGGAAGGGGAAUGAACGAAGCAUAUAUAAU